UCGGAAAGUCUGGGCUGCAGUUGGUGAUAGAAGCACUGAGGGUGAAGUCUGGUGUGUGCCGGCAUGGUUCUCGGUGGGGCUCGGGACGGUGCUGGAGUGGUUGUUCUGGCUCUUCAGCUUCGGAACCAGAACCCCGCCAGAUUUCAGAAGUCAUACAUUACGAUGGAUCAACGAAGAACGAACCUUUUCCAUCGAUUUUGCGAGAGAAAGGCUAGGAUAUCAGCACAAGGAUGACAUUGACCAGUCGAGCCAGUGCAUCAAAGAUGGGGUGGCAUGGGCAUUAAUGCAGAACCGGGAUUUCUGUAAAAAUAAGUGAGCUUGGUAACACAGAUCGUGAUUCAACGAUUUGCUGCUCAGUUUGUACACUGUUUGAGAUCACUUGCAGGAGGGAUCGGCAUCAGCCCUGCCGGGAAUGCAAUGCAAGAUGAGCGGAUGACCUUCUAUAUACUAGAUUUCUCGGCCUCUCUCGACCUGAAACCAAAGCCUCAAUACCCUCCAGCAAUAUUAAUUGAAAUAUUCAUCAUGCCUACUGAAAAGCUUUUCGCAGCUGUUCCUCCAUUUCCUGAAGAUAUCCCGAUAGCACGUCUUUCUAUUCUGUCACUCGAAAGACUCCUCGCUCACGAUGUGAAAGAGUCUGCGCAGCUCUUCGAAUCUUGUAAGAGCGAUGGAUUCUUCCUUCUUGAUUUGAGAUGCAAUUCCAUCGGAGAAAUUCUUAUCGAAACGGUUGAAAUACUUUUUGAGGUGAACAAGGCCCUGUUCGAAGAAGGACCGGAGGAACUGAAGAAAUUUACGCAUCCUCCACCAGGAGUGCUUGGAUACAAUGCUUUCGGAGCUACCAAAGUCGAAUCAGGAUUGCCAGAUCGCUUCGAAUGGUAUGUGAUGAGUCAAGACGAUAUCAUGGGCCAAAAGUUCAUUACGACAUCCAAUUCAGUUGUCUCUCAUCUAUUGUCACUUUUGGACCAACACCUUGGUCUUCCGGACGGCACAUUGGAAUCGAGGCAACGGAUAGAUAAAGAAUCCGGGACGAUCGUACGCAUGCUCAAGUACCCACCACAGCCAGAGGGUGAUCGUCGUACAAGUCUUUUCGGUCACACGGACCUCGGUACUAUCACAUUGUUGUUCAAUGUCGUAGGAGGUCUCCAGAUCCUGCCAGCUGGCUCCGAAGGCCUGGAGGAGAAUUGGCGAUAUGUGAAACCAAUGCCCGGCUGUGUGAUUGUGAAUCUCGGCGAUAUGACGCGAGAAUGGACCGGUGGUAUCCUGAGAAGCAACCCGCAUCGUGUUACGUUUCCUCCGGGGGAGCAAGCAACGGUCACCCGCUACAGCUUGGCGUAUCUCAUGAGAGCGGAGGCUCAAGCAAGUAUGAAGAGGUUGGCGCUUGAAGGAAGUUUGAUUAAGCCGUUGGGAGACGGGGAAAAAGAUAUUGAAGUUGGUGUCGAUAAGUGGAUCGAGGAAAAGACAGCUUUGGCCAGACUGGGUAAAGACCCAGCCAGCAACAGGAAUGGGUUGGCUGUUCAAGCAUACUAA